AUGACAUUGGAGAAUUUUGAUUUCAAGUUCAGUCAGUGUUUUGGGGAUAAAGCGGACAUAGUGGUCACCGAGGCCGAUAUCAUCACGGCGGUGGAAUUCGAUCGUUUGGGAGACUACUUGGCUACCGGUGACCGCGGUGGCCGUGUUGUGUUGUUUGAGAGGAACAACGAUAAACACUGUGAGUACAAGUUCUUGACGGAGUUCCAAAGUCACGACGCAGAAUUCGAUUAUUUGAAAUCGCUCGAGAUUGAGGAGAAGAUAAAUCAGAUCAAAUGGUUGCGACCCACGCAGAAAUCUCACUUCCUCUUGAGUACAAACGACAAAACGAUCAAGCUUUGGAAGAUUUAUGAGAAAAACGUGAAACUUGUCAGUGAGAACAACUUAUCCGAGGGCCAAGCUUUGAAAAGACACUACGGCGCAAGCCCAAACAACGGGAAUGGGUCUGCUAGGGCUGCACUUAGCUUGCAGAAUUUAAGACUGCCAAAAUUAUCCCAGCAUGACACAAUCAUAGCCGCGGCGCCGAAAAGAACCUAUAGUAACGCUCAUACUUAUCACAUCAACUCGAUCUCGAUUAGUUCCGACCAGGAAACUUUCAUUAGUGCAGAUGAUUUGAGGAUCAAUCUUUGGAAUUUGGACAUACCGGACCAGAGUUUUAAUAUCGUCGACAUUAAGCCCGCUAAUAUGGAGGAACUGACUGAGGUUAUCACAAGUGCAGAGUUCCAUCCCGAGCAUUGUAAUCUAUUCAUGUAUUCAUCUUCAAAGGGUACCAUAAAGUUGUGUGAUAUGCGGCUAAAUGCCUUGUGUGAUAAUAAGACAAGGACUUUUGAAGAGUAUCUGGAUCCAAUUAAUCAUAAUUUUUUUACAGAAAUCACUUCGUCCAUCUCUGAUGUCAAAUUCAGUCCCAACGGACGCUACAUCGCGUCAAGAGAUUACUUGACGGUGAAAAUUUGGGAUGUCAAUAUGGAUAACAAGCCAUUGAAGACCAUAAACAUUCAUGAUCAACUGAAGGAAAGGCUGAGUGAUACUUAUGAAAACGACGCAAUUUUUGACAAAUUUGAGGUGUGCUUCAGCGGCGAUAGUUCAAGCGUAAUGACUGGCUCUUACGAUAACAACUUUAUGAUUUAUCCCAAUGUAAUCAAUACCGGUGAUGAUCCCCGCGGCGUUGUAAAGAGCUUUGGUGACGAGAAUCAAACCAUAAACUUCAACAGCGAUAAAAAAUCCUCGAAGGAUAAAGCAAUGAAAUUCAACAGCAAUAUUAAUAAAGGUAAUAGUAGUAAUGAUCUGAGAAAUAAUGGUUCUACCUUGGGCGGAAGAAAGGGGAAUAGACGGAGAAGCAGUAAUAGCAGUCGAAACAGUAAUGAAGACAACGGAAAUACCCUAAACGAAAUCGUUCUGCAAGCGGAUAAGACGGCUUUCAAGAGCAAAAGAUAUGGAUUAGCGCAAAGAUCAGCAAGAAACAAGGAUUGGGGUGACAAUAUUGAUUUCAAGAAGAGUAUUCUACAUUUUUCGUGGCACCCCAGAGAAAAUAGCAUUGCCGUGGCUGCGACGAACAAUUUAUUCAUAUUUUCUGCAUUGUAA